UUCCCUUUGAGUGUAUUAUAAUUUUGUGAUAAAAAUUUCAAGGAAAAAAAAAACACACAACCUCCUUCCUCCCUUCCUUCGGGGAGGGAAAAGAGAGGGGGGAAAUCUAUCUCCAGACAGACAGAAAAGAAAGAGGAGCAAAUUAACAGCCAGGAGUUGCCAAAACCAGGAUAUUAGGUUUCAGCCCAGAGAGCUAUUGGCUCUGGGGCUAUGUAUAUAAAUAUAUAUCGGGAGAGAGCGAGCAGAGGGGCCGGGAGGAAGAAGAGGGAUGCGUGGUGCGGCUGUUGUUCGGGCAGAUGUGGAUUCACAUGGAAAUGAACCAUAUAUCUCUGUUUUCGGCGAGGCUGGCGGCGGCGGCUGCCGAGGGCACUUAGGAGAGAAAAAAAAAAAAAAAAAAAAAAAAAAAAGUUGUUUCUUAAAAUAAAGGCGCGGGGGGAGGUUGAGGGAGAUAAGGUUUCAGGUCCAGGCUGAUAGCUGCGGAGAGGGGAGAGGUUUGGGGUGGGUUUUUUUUUUUUUUUUCUUGCUGAUGCCAUGCAAAUGCAGGAGAGGAGGGAAGAAAAAUCUCUUUUAAUGACUCAUUGAUUGAGCCGGUUUAAAAUUAGUUGUUGUUGUUGUCUUUUUUUUUUUUUUUUUUUUAUUUUCCGCCCCCUUGAUGGCCAUCGAGAGAGGGAUGGAAAAGGAGAGGAGGGAGAGUGUGUGUGUGUGAGUGUGUGAGAGAGAGAGUGAGGGAGAGAGGGGAUGGAGAGAGUGUGUGAGGGAGAAAGAAAAAUAAUCUUUUCAAAUCUCCUCCCUCUUUUUUUCCCCCCUCGUUUCUUUGCUUUUCUCUAAAGCUCUGUGGUCUGUGAAACACUCGUUCUUCCUCCUGCUCGGGAAAAUGGAGACGCGCCGUCUCGCUGCCGGCCGCGGCGCCGGGAAGGAUUUUUCUCUCCUUUUUUCCCUUUUUCCCUCCCGGCUCGAUGCGUCCCUCUGCCCGGCCGCUCGCCGCCACCCUAAUCCCGUCACUUCUCGCAGCUCGUGGCUCAGCUUUGCGCCUUCUGGGGAUUUAUUUUUCGCUCGUUUCCUCGCUUUCGGUGCCGCCACUAGAUUCGAUUCGAUUCGUUCGGUGCUUGCUUUGCCGUUUCCUCCGAGCCGCUCGGUGCCUGCCGCUGCCAGCCGCGAUGGACACGGCGCUUUUUGGGGGUGCGCGGAGCCCUGGGCGGUAGGUCCUGCUGGGGCUGCCCUCCGCGGUGUCGUCUUUUUAAAAUUUAUUUUUAUUUUUUAUUUAUUUAUUUAUUUAUUUUCACAGGGAGAGAAUAUUGUACCGUGCCUUUUAAAAUCUAACAAUAAACCGUCUAUUUCUGGAGCCAGCCGCUCUUUUUUUUUUUUUUUUUUUUCCCCUUUCUGGGCAGACGCGUUUAUUUGUGCGAUCGGGACUGUUUUCCUUAGGAGCAGCAGUGCUUUUGUAAAUACUUUGUGCUCGUGGAUCAAACAGCCUUUGGCGGACGCGGAGGGGAGCUGGGUGAUGGGUGCAGCAGUUCCUGCUCCUCAUGCGCUCCUGCGAUCAGCUGCAGAGCUCUCUCACGGAUAAUAACGCCAUAACGCGUUAAUAUAAAAACGGGGCAGAACCGUAUGGCGAGCGUUUAAACGUACUCAGAAUUACUAUUAAAUAACACCGGGAGAAGGAAGGAGGUGCUGAGGCCUGUUCUGUUUCCCAGCUUCCCGCAUAGCUCCGGGCUACGCUAACGCCGAGCUGAGGGGCAGAGGGCUGCCGGAGCUGCGGCCGGGCACCGCUGCCAGCCUGUGCCGAGCGGCUGUGCCUGUGAGGGGGAGUGGGGCAGAGCCGGGAAGAUGGCGCUGUCUGGCUUCCUGCCAGCGUUUGUUGCGCAGUUUCGCGCUGAUUCUCCUCCCCCACGGGCGCCAUUUUAAGGCCCUCGCUGCUGUCGCUGAGCCGGUUGGGGCGUUGCCGCCGCGCCUGUGUCUGUGUAGGAAGCGUUGUCUUCCUGGGCAGACAGAAGCGCCUCUACGUGUCCCAGCCGCGAGUUUUCUCCUCUGCUUGAGAAAGCGGAACACGAAGUUCCCUCAGUGCGCUGUGGGGGGAGAGACGAGGGACUGUUGGCUGUUGUGUGCCCAGGGGGCACAAAGGAGGGCUCCUGCCCCGUCUCCUCUGUCACCCAUGUCUCUCAUCUCACAGGUCUCUGCUCUAAACAUCACCCCAUAGCUGCUUUUCGUACCCAUCAAACGCGUGUUUCUUGGCACGAGCAGCAUCUGCAUCCAGGAAUAGCAAGGAUGCUACCAGACCAAUUCAUGCUGAGUCCACUAAGUUGUCAUGGAUGAUGACGAUGAUGAAUCCUGUCUCCUUGAUCUUAUUGGGGACCCGCAGGCACUGAAUUAUUUUCUGCAUGGACCUAGUAGUAAAUCUAGCAACGAAGACUUGACAAAUGCAGAAUAUUCUGUAGCCAACUCAAAUUCCAUUUUCGCCAACUCCAAUAACACUGAUCCUAAGUCGUCUGUAAAAGGUGUAAGCAGUCAGCUUGGAGAGGGGCCUAGCGAUGGACUGCAGCUGUCCAGUAGCCUUCAAUUUCUUGAAGAUGAACUUGUGUCUUCUCCUUUACCUGAUCUUAGUGAGGAUCAACCUUUUGAUAUUCUUCAGAAGUCCUUGCAGGAGGCCAAUAUUACUGAACAGACUUUGGCAGAAGAGGCAUAUUUGGAUGCCAGUGUAGGUUCUAGUCAACAGUUUGCACAAGCUCAGCUUCAUCCUUCUUCAUCAGCAUCUUUUACUCAGGCUUCUAAUGUUUCUAAUUACUCAGGUCAGACGUUGCAACCUGUAGGAGUUACUCAAGUGGUACAGCAACCUGUUGGAGCAUCUUUUGCAAGCAAUACAGUCGGCGUGCAACAUGGCUUUAUGCAACAUGUCGGAAUUAGUGUUCCCAGCCAGCACUUGUCUAAUAGCAACCAGAUUAGUGGUUCUGGGCAGAUACAGCUAAUUGGUUCAUUUAGUAAUCAGCCUUCCAUGAUGACCAUUAAUAACCUCGAUGGAUCUCAGAUAAUACUGAAGGGUAAUGGUCAGCAGACGCCUGCGAACAUGAGCAGUAGCCUCUUGGUUCAUAGACAAACUCCAAAUGGUAACUCACUGUUUGGGAACUCAAAUACAAGUCCUGUAGCACAACCUGUAACAGUUCCGUUUAACAGCACAAAUUUUCAGACAUCAGUACCUGUCCAUAAUAUCAUAAUUCAAAGGGGUUUAGCGCCAAACUCUAACAAAGUACCCAUUAAUAUCCAACCAAAGCCUGUCCAGAUGGGUCAGCAGUCUGCUUACAAUGUGAAUAACUUGGGAAUACAGCAACAUCACGUACAGCAAGGGAUUCCGUUUGCUUCUGCAAACUCACCUCAGAGUUCAGUAGUCGGUCCUCAUAUGUCUGUUAACAUCGUUAAUCAACAAAAUACAAGAAAAUCAGUUACACCUCAGACAGUUAGUAAUGCUGGAGGUAGUAUUGUUAUCCAUUCUCCUAUGGGACAGCCUCAUGCACCUCAAAAUCAGUUUCUCAUACCUACAAGUUUGUCUGUUAAUUCAAACUCAGUUCAUCAUGUCCAGGCCAUAAAUGGACAGCUUCUUCAGACGCAGCCUUCCCAGUUGGUUCCUAGCCAAGUGUCUGCUGAGCAUGUAAUGCUCAACAGGAACUCUGCAAACAUGCUGAGAGCCAACCAGUCGUAUUCUGGACAGAUGCUGAAUAAUCAGAACACAGCUGUUCAACUUGUUUCUGGCCAGACCUUCACAGCUCCUGGAAACCAAGUUAUAGUAAAUCAUGGAACUUCACAAAUUGUUGGUGGACAGGUGCCACUGCAGCAGGCGUCACCGACAGUGUUGCAUUUGUCACCCAGUCAGGCUAAUGCUUCUCAAGGUAGAUCGAGUUAUUCCACAAUGUCACCUGGGCAGUCUACAGUCUCAAAUAUGUCAGCUUCUAAUCGAUUCGCUGUUGUAAGUUCUUCUGGUUCAGUACAUCCUAGCUUGGGACCUUCAGUUCAGUCUGUUGCAUCUGGAGGAAACUUUACUGGAGAUCAGCUCACACAGAGCAGGACUCAAGUUCCUGUCAGUUCAUCACAUCGUCUUCCAGCAUCCUCUUCCAAAUCCAUCAGCACUUUUAGUCACACGUCAGUUGGAGUAACACAACAACAAUUCGCCUUCAGUCAGAAGAAAGGUAUGAACCAGACAUCACCAGUUUCUGCGUCCAAGGCUCAAGAUAAUUUGAGACAACAUCAGCUAUCAAGUCUUCUGAGCAACACCCUAUCAGGGCAGGACUCUGGAGGAAAAAUCAUACAGCAGUCUCUUGGAACAUCACAAGAAAAAGGAGUAGGAUCAUCUUCAGUUCAGUGUAUACAGGUGGAUGGUCAUUUAGUUGGACAGAAACGACCUGCUGCUAAACAGUUAACUAAAGGAGCUUUUAUGCUACAGCAGUUACAGAAGGAUCAAAUGCAAGCUGUGACACCAGAUAAAAGUCAGUUCAGAUCAUUAAAUGAUGCAGUUCAGAGACUCCUUUCAUAUCAUGUGUGCCAGGGGUCGCUGCCGACUGAGGAAGACUUAAGAAAAGUGGACAGUGAAUUUGAAUCUGUAGCUACACAGCUACUGAAGAGGACACAAGCUAUGCUGAACAAAUACAGAUGUUUACUUAUAGAAGAUGCAAUGCGGAUAAAUCCAUCUGCCGAAAUGGUUAUGAUUGAUAGGAUGUUUAACCAGGAAGAAAGAGCAUCUCUGACCCGGGAGAAGCGUCUUGCACUAGUGGAUCCUGAUGGUUAUCAGGCUGAUUUUUGUUGUUCUGCCAAACAAUUUGAUAAAACAGCUGAUGAAGCACAGACCAGCAAAAGUGACCAUCAGUCUAGCAAAACAUUACCUUCUCGAAGUCAGACUACCAAAACUCAAGCCAGAGACCGACCAAAAUUCAGCUCAGCAGAGUCCACAAAUCACAGUAAACUUCCUCUAGUGCCUAACAACAUUUUGACAUCACAAGAAGGAACUACAAAAAAAUCGGAAAGCCUCACUAAAGCUUUAAAGUUUGAGAAAGCUAAUUGUUCUUCUGGGAGCCAGUACAAGGCCCUUUCUGAAGAAAAGAUGGCUGGUAAAGUUCUUACCAAGUCAGCUGAGAAUUCUUUGAGUUCUGAAGACUUGUCAAAAACUGUAUCAAGAAGCAGUCAUGGAACACACAAUAAAAUAUCAAGGAAUACAGUCCAAUCUUUCUCAAAGGUAACAUGUAAUAAUUCCUUCAAAGACAAAACUCUGAGGAGCCCUCCAAAGAAUGAGGUUUUACAUCCUGAUAACAUGAAAGGCUCCAGUGAACCCCAGCAAGACUUACUGCUGAGUAAGAGUUUAGAAACAACAUUUAAGAAUAUCUUGGAACUUAAAAAAACUGGGAGACCGACACAAAAUGAGGCAUCGAGUAGUGGCUCUGUUGACUUAGAAUUUCCUAAUUUUUCACCUCUUGCUUCACAGGAAAACUGCUUGGAAAAAUUUAUUCCAGACCACAGUGAAGGUGUAGAAACUGACUCUAUUUUAGAAGCAGCUGUAAAUAGUAUCUUAGAGUGUUAAUAGUUACAAUACCUUGGAAAAGUUAUGUUUCUCUUAGCAGAAGCAAAUGUGAAUGACACCACAAGUACAGCCUGACAUACAUUUAAGGUUAACCUUUCUAAACUAGAUUCUGUUCUGUGUUUGAGAGCAAUACUCAUUGUGGUUACAGUGAGAUAGCCAAGUAAAGUUAAUCCUUGUUAGAAUGCAGUCUGUUAGGGCCUUACUAUUUCAAGUAUUAUUACAAUAGUGCUUUUGAUAAUUGUGCAGUCCUGCAGCAUAACAAGGUUGCAGGUCAUUAGGCCCUAUGUAAUAUGGUAAUAUACUGACAAUCACAGUCAUUUGAAAGGAUAUAUUUAUUAAGAAAACGUUUUUUUAGAAAGUGAUGGAAGCAACAAUUCUCCCCUACCCUUUUCCACAAAUCAUCAGAUUUUUAAGUUGUUCUGGAAAACCCACUGUACCUCUAUUCAGAAGUGAUAAUUUGCUUUGUAAUGGAAUCUGUGUUCUAGGAGUCUUAAGUUGGAAGGAUGUCAUCACUGUGUUAACAAGGUUUCAUAAGUUGAACUUAAAGUGCUUUUCUAUUGCUUUUUGAGCAGAAACUAGUCCUUGAUAUGUUUGUAGUGGGUAAGUUUAGUCUGUGAGAUGAUAUUAUAUGGUCUUAGUCACAGUGGCAUGAUAUGAAGUAAUAAAUGCUUGACUAAGGAAGGUAGAUUGGAAGCCAGUAAAUGGCUUCUUGUGUACAGGUCGAGGCCAUGAUAGAGCCAUGAAUUUAUAUAUAUAUUACAUAUAUAUUAACUCUUCUUCAAGAGCUAUUGCAUUUUAUAAUUGGAUGUAGUCAGCCUUGAGUCUUUCUGAAGUGGUAUAAUUUUUUUUAUCUUUUUUUCUUUGAUUUUUUUAUUUUUAUUUUUUAAUUUUUAGACCAAGUGUCAAAAGCACUUUUAUUUGAAAACUGUUAAGAUAUUUGUAGCUUAUAUUUUAAGAGGACAUUAGCCUUACUCAGAAAAGAUUUUAAGGCCAGUGUUUAUUUUUGAUUUUUUUUUGCUUUUUGCUAUCAGAGAAUGUUGAAGCAUCCACUGUAGCAGUCAUAAUUAUCAAGAUAUGUACAGACCAAAGUUGAUCAGCAGUCCCAUUGUUAAAACAUAUCUAAAAGUGUGUAAUUAUUAAUUCAUAUUGUAGAGCCAAGUGAAACUAUUGCACGUUUUGCAUUUGGCUUGUUGUCAUGUUGGUAAGAUAGAAUCUUAUUAUUUUAUUUAUUUAUUUUAAUCUAUGAUGUCUUUUUUUUUUUUUUUUUUUGCUGCCCAUGCUGCUUUUUCAUAGUUUACUUUGGUCAUGAGUGCUUUUGUGCACAUAAAUAAAUACGCUGACAUUAGUCUCGUGCAGGUAGUACAUAUGUCUGCUCAGGAGGAUACAGCUUUUGUGAUUUCUAAGAUAUGCUUAUGUUCUCCCCCAGACCUCCCCUCCAGUUUCUUAGAAAUUACCAAUCAUUUUCCAGACUUAAUGAUUACAGUCUUCAUAACCUCGAGGCUCAUUGUGACAAACUGUGGUUGUCAGUUAGAUUGCCAGGAAGGAAAACAAAAGGUAGAGUUUUGUUGUCAUGUAAUUCAGUCCAUCUGAAUACCGUAGAAGUAAGCAGAAUUAUGUCCUUGUGACAGUGAAAGAUUACAGUGCAAAUUAGUACUGAGCUACAAUCCACUGUCUGACCGCUAAAGGAAACCAAAUCUCAAAAGCAACAUGAGAAAGAUGAACUUGUUUAAAAUUCAUUUUCCCUUAGGAGUGGAUGGAAAUACUGUUUUUUUGUUGGUUUUUUUUUGUAUGUUACUAGUUGCCAUUUAAAAAAAAUUGUGCCAAUUUUAAAAUACAUGUUUGUUAAACCCAACAUUCCCGAGUGUUGUAUAAAAUAUUCAAAGUAAUAACAAGCAUUGCCAGUUUUAAAUUUUUAGCUAAGUGUCCAUAGAAUAGACUCUCAGGCAGUGAUUUGUUCUGUUACGGGUGAAACUGACGAUAUAGUCUUCACCUAUUGCCUUUUUUGAUUUAAUAAUAUGCUCAUGGCUGUGUAUUCUGAUGCGUAUAUACUUGAUGAUUUGGGAAAUUUAACUGUUCUAAACUAUUUGAGAAGGAAAACGGUCAGUUACGCAGCUGUAUGCUAACUAGUUCAUUCUUUUGUAGAGGAAAAAAAAGUUGCACAUUUAUUGAUACACUUGCUUUUUGUGCCACCUCAAAAUGGAUACAGUGUCUGUACAGCAAAUAGGCAAUUGAUGUAUAUCAGGCUGUGUGUCUUCUGUUGGAUCUAAUUUUGGGAUGGGGGGCAAUGACAUUAAAAAUGACGAAUUGCAAAAAGUAAUGAUUGUUGAUCUGGUCAGACACAUUUCCCUGAACUACUUAUGAGAGGAGCCCAUUGAACUAGCAAGGUAAAUGUUAGAUUGAUCAUGUUCUGUUGUUCACUCCUUUAAAUUCAGUUCUAAAGGAGUUCUGGUACGUUACGAAACAGGAAAUGAAAGAAUUCUUUUGUUGUGUUGAUUUUUUUUUUUUUUUUUGGUAAGAAGAAGUCUAGAUUAAUCAUAUGGACUUGAAUCCAGCAAAGUAUUGUGAAUGUGCAUGACUUUAAACAUGUUUUCAUUAUUUUGCUGGAUCAGCAUUGUGUUCUCAAUAUUAUUUAAUACUGCCUAAUAUUAAAACAAAUUUUAAACUGGCAAUUAAGAAAAAGAUGUUCAUUUUGAAGAUUUUAGUAUAAUUUAUCUGUUAGAUUAGGGAGGCCUUACAGACUGACUUCACUUAAAGAGGAUGUGUCACUUAUUGUCAGUGUGGUAUGGACUUUAUUUGCUUAAAUACCUUCAUUUGUAAAGUAUGUCUCACUUGAAAUUGCUUUGUAUACAUUUUGUAAAAAUAUUUAUAAAAUGUUUUGUAAAAAAAAAAAAAAAGUAUAACAAAUUGCAGUUUAUUUUGUUAUGUUGGAUAAAUACUGUUAAAAGACACAAGUCAGUAAAUAUAUUGUUAAUCCAUGGAUAGGAAAUGUUUAGUUGGAGAUUACAAAUUGAAACAACCAUUGCAAUACAGCCAAAGAUUUGGGAAAAAUGCGUAUCUGUGAUUGUCUUGAUUUAACUAAGUUGAAUAUUUACAUUUCCAAAAGAGGAUUGCUCUCAGUUUUUAGUAAUAUGGUUGCAAAAUAUUCCUACUUCCGUGCUUUUAAAAAUUUCUAUAUUAUAUAAUAUUAUAUAGGCCAACUCUUCAUACUCUAUGAAACUUUUGAACAUAUGCUACUGAGGCUUGGUUCUAAUGGCAUAGCAUACAGCAUUACAUGCAGUAAUAGUCAUACCAGAAUAACAGGAUUGACAGUGAUCCUGCUAUGUUGUUGUUGCAAAUCUUACCAUGAUGAGGUUGCUGAGAGACAUUCUCCUUCUGCUGUCUGUUUUCACAAAAUGAGGCAUCAUCUUCCUGAUACCUCGGGGAGAUAGUAGAACAAGAGUUUGUGUUUGUCAACCAGCCAUCUCAUCCAUGUUGGCAGUAUUUCCCAUUUCUUUCUUUUGGCUGUGAGAAGAAGAUACUUUAAUUGCUGAUGAUGUAAUGCUUCUUCCUACUUCUAGAGGGGUAAUGACUUCUUACUGUGGUUGAAUUUUUCAGAAAAUGUGCUGAGAUUCUGAUCUAGUAAAGCUCUUAUGAUUGGAACUUCAACA